AUGUGGGGAUUACUGCCGAAUCCGAUUACCUGGAACGGAGAAUCCAAAUUCACGGACGUUGCAUACAGGUUGGAAAGCCUCGCCAGUGAUGAAAUCCAGUCCAACCGAGUUGUUUGGACUCCAGAUAACUGCCAUCAACCAGAAACUGUCGAGAUCAUUAUUCCCUGCCGAAAUCGAUUCGUUAACCUGUCCGUCUUCCUCAAUCAUAUGCAUUCCUUCCUGCGGCAUCAGCGUCGACGUUACACAAUGUUCGUGAUUGAACAGAUAGGUUGA